ACGCCCCUGGCUUUAGUUGCAGCACUUUGAACUUUAUGUUUACGUGGAAGGCUUGUGGGAAAUUUUGGACUGACCUAUGGAGACGUUUAGCCAUGGAGACAUCAGGGCCUCUGAAUGUGACUCAAAUGGACAAUCAACUUGACACUCAAACCUCCAACUGCUGCACCAACUCCACACCGACCAACACUCCGUCAUUUGUGCAGCUAGAUGACAGCACCAAACUGCUCGGAGUUCAAGUCAUUCUCAUCUUGGCUUACAGCACUAUAAUAUUUUGCGGGGUUACUGGGAAUUCCUUGGUGAUCUAUGUAGUCUACAGGUUUAAAAAUCUUCGGACUGUGACUAAUUUCUUCAUUGUGAACUUGGCUGUGGCCGACUUGCUGGUGAAUACUUUGUGCCUGCCGUUCACCUUGGUUUAUACUCUCUAUGGCGAGUGGAUGUUUGGUCAGAUUCUUUGCUUUAUGCUGCCGUGCGCUCAGGGCAUGGCAGUCCAUGUGUCAACCAUCACAAUGAACAUCAUCGCAUUGGACCGGCACAGGAGCAUUGUGCGGCACACAGAGACACGUAUGUCCAAAGAUAUGUGCGCUCUGGUCAUAGUCAUCACAUGGGCGGCCAGUGCUCUGUUGGCAAGCCCCCUAGCCAUUUUUAGGGAGUAUGGGAACUUCGACAUUUCUCCAGAUGAAACUAUUCAGUUCUGCACCGAGAAGUGGCCAGGCAGUGACAUGAACGGAGGCAUCUACAGCAUCUCCAUGCUCCUCAUUCAGUACGGCGUCCCCUUGGCUAUAAACUCCUUCGCCUACAUCCGCAUUUGGAGUAAACUCCAGAACCACCUGACCACUGGCUGCCGCAGCGACCGGCACCAGCGCAAACAGAAGACCACUAAGAUGUUGUUCACCAUGGUGGUGGUUUUUGCUGUGAGCUGGCUGCCCUUCCAUGCUUUCCAGUUAGCUGUGGACAUAGAUAGCAGCGUUCUUUACAUGAAGGAUUUCAAACUCCUGUUCACCAUGUUUCAUAUCAUUGCUAUGUGCUCGACUUUUGUCAACCCCAUCUUGUACGGAUGGAUGAACAAGAACUACAGGGCAGCAUUUUUGUCUGUGUGCAGGUGCAACCAUCCCUUCAGCCUGAAAGCAAGCCAUCUGAAACGCAGACGAUUACCAAAGGAUAAGGACAUGCCUUGUACAGUUUGGAGAUCAACUAACUUGUGA